ACCUUCAAUGUCUUAGUCAGACCGAGAUAGUGCGCCAUGGGAGCAGAUCAGAACGCUGCGUGGAGCAACGGACCGGCGUUGACUGCAUCUCUGUUGAAGAAAAGACAUUGACUGGGGUAUACCACUCCACAACAAGAACUAUGGACAGCGCCAACCUGAAGUUGUGCCUGGACGAGAAGCGCAGGCUGUACUGCUCUCGAACGGACCGCGUGCGCCGGGUAGAGGAUUCCUGGAUGUCCAAGUUGGAUGAUGAGGCCCCAGUAUCAUCACUCUCAAUCCCGGGCACCCACGACUCUGCAGCGUACACGCAACCAUGGCCAUUCGUCGCCACACAAAACAUGGACUUUGCACAACAGCUUGAUUCUGGCAUUCGAUACUUUGACCUCCGUUGUGGUUUGGUGCACGAUGUUGCGGAGAUGGUCCAUGGCUCGUACCUCUUACGGCUGAAACUCCACGAUGUAUUGCGCGUACUGUAUGAAUGGUUGGACGAGCAUUUGACAGAAGGACUGGUCGUGCAAAUCAAGGAAGACAGAAAGGCGGAGCAAUCCAGUAUGCAUUUCGCGCAAGCGAUUUAUGAGAAUAUUUCGGCACGACCUGAGCGCUGGCGCACAGCUAACACUACGCCCUGUGUCGGAGAGCUGAGAGGCAAAAUUCAACUAUUGAGACGCUACAACGUUCCGAGACUUAUGGCGUUUGGUAUUGAUGUUACUGCAUGGCAGGAUAACCCCAGUACACCCUUCACAAUCCACACGCAGCAUGAAGUUCAACUCACCAUCCAAGAUCACUACAGCUUCUCAGAACCCCUCUCCCUGCCAAAUCUGAUCACCAGUAAAGGCGGAGACGUAUCCGGCUUGUUAGAGAAAGCAACGAGUGAUCUAGAUCCGGAUCACUGGUACAUCAACUUCACCAGUGCUUUCGAAUUCAAUCUGUACUAUCAGUUGACGCCGCGGGCCAUUGCCAUUGGUGGAUACUAUGGCUUCCACUGGGAAGAAGGCAUCAAUCCAAGGCUGCGGAACUAUCUAAAUCUACGCCCUGGAAAGCGACGAUUGGGCAUCGUUGCAAUGGAUUUUCCGCAGGCUGGAAGUGGGGAUCUCAUUCCAAUGAUUAUUCAAUCGAAUUUUACGACUCCUGAAUCAAUUUGGAGAAGGUUCGUAGUUGUACUUCUUGUUCUGCUGGCCUUGCUUACGAUCUUGAUCUGGGCAAGCAAGCACAAAAUGUAUAUAUUGCUCUCGUGCAGUUCACAUAAACCUGUACAAGAUGUAUAGUUCAUCGUCGCCGCUUCGGAUCCAGUAGCAACUGCACGAUCAUUCUCAUUGGCAUGGAGAUCUCGCGGGUGAUCG